CACACGGGGGAGAAGCCCUAUAAAUGCAUGGAAUGUGGAAAGAGCUUCAGUGUGAGUGGAAGUCUAAACUUACAUCAAAGGAUCCACACAGGAGAGAAGCCCUAUAAAUGCAUUGAAUGUGGAAGGCGCUUCAUUCAGAGUGGAAGUCUAAAUUUACAUCAAAGGACCCACACGGGGGAAAGGCCACAUAAAUGCAUGGAGUGUGGAAAGAACUUCACUCGGAGUACACAUCUAAACAAUCAUCAAAGGGCCCACACAGGGGAGAAGCCAUAUGAAUGCAUGGAAUGUGGAAAGAGCUUCAGUUGGAGUGGAAGUCUAAAAUCACAUCAAAGGACCCACACAGGGGAGAAGCCAUACAAAUGCAUGGAAUGUGGAAAGAGCUUCAGUCAGAGUGAAGGUCUAAACAGACAUCAUAGGAUCCACACAGGGGAGAAGCCCUAUAAAUGCAUGGAAUGUGGAAAGUGCUUCAGUGAGAGUGGACAUCUAAAUUCACAUCAAAGAACCCACACAGGGGAGAAGCCAUAUCAAUGCAUGGAAUGUGGAAAGAGCUUCAGUGACUGUAGAAGUCUAAAUUCGCAUCAAAAGACCCACACGGGGGAGAAGCCAUAUAAAUGCAUGGAAUGUGGAAUGACCUUUAUUCAGGGUGGAAGUCUAAACAAACAUCAAAUGACCCACACAGGAGAGAAGCCUUAUCAGUGCAUGGAAUGUGGAAAGUGCUUCAGUGGUAGAAGAAAUCUAAAGAAACAUGGAAGGACCCACACUGGGGAAAAGCCCUAUAAAUGCAUGGAAUGUGGAAAGAGUUUCGGUGAGAGUGGUAGUCUAAACUCACAUCAAAGGACCCACACUGGGGAGAAGCCAUAUCAGUGCAUGGAAUGUGGAAAGAGCUUCAGGCAGAGUGGACAUCUAAACUCACAUCAAAGGACUCACACUGGGGAGAAACCCUAUAAAUGUAUGGAAUGUGGAAAGAGCUUCAGUGAGAGUGGAAGUCGAAACUCACAUCAAAGGACCCACACUGGGGACAUAAAUGCAUGGAAUGUGGAAAGAGCUUCAUUCAAAGGUCCCACACAGGAGAAAAGUCAUUUACAGCUGGCAGGGACCUAGAUGUCAGCCCUGAAGGUCUGUUGAUCAUCUCUUCUCCUUACUGAACAAACGUAAACCUUUUUAAAUAUCUGUUGGGAACAAGGAGAAUGUUUACAAUGGUGAGAGCCAUCCUGAGAUGUACCAUUAAUACCACAAAUAUUUUUACUUAACAUGCUAGACAAUCUAAACAUUAUUAUCACAAAAUAUGCCAAAGUCAUAUUGUACAUUGCUACAUCAGCGAGAUUAUUGUACGCUAAAUAUUGGGAAACUCUGCAAACCCCAGUUGAAGAGGAAUGGUUAAUGAAAAUAAGAGAGGCUAGGGACAUAGAUACCUUCACUGCCCAAAUUAGAAAUAGACCUAAGGAAGAGAUUGAGAUUGAGAUUGAAUGGAGCUACUUAAAAGAGUAUGGAAAGAAAAAAGAAUGGCAUCUAAAUUAAAUUAAACCCAACUUAAAUUAAAUUUAACUAAUAUAAUAAUAUAAUAAGAAAUGGAAAAUCUACAAUUUAUUACAAAAAGCCUAACCUCGAAUAUUAUAUGUAUGCACUGGAACUUACAUUGAUAAAGAUAAGCAUUGAAGGUAAGGAAGUAUUAGAAUAUUAUAUUUUGAAGUACAAUAAUGACACAAAUUCAAUGUGUUUUGUAUUUGUUCUUAUGUAUGUCUCUUGUGACUUCAGUAUGUGAACAAUCUUUGUUGUAUGUUGUGUGUAUGGUUUUUUGUGUAUAUAUAAAUGUAAAUAAAGUAAAAACAAGCAAAAUUGCCCAUUAGGCUGCAUA